AGCAGCAUUUGUGAAGGGAACGGAUAUACUUUGAACAGAGUCCGCUGGAUUCCUGCAAAAUAAAACGUAAUAUUUGGCUAAGAAACAUUAAAUAGUCCCCAAAAUGUCCGGGCAACAUGACUUCUCGCGCAUGGAGCAGCAGGGGAGCGAUGACUCGGACAUGGACGUGCUGCUCGCGACGCUCUCACAGGAGGAGGUGGAGGAGCUCGAGCGGGAGCUCGUUUUCAUCGAUCCGGAUCCGAAUGUACCAGUGGGACUCCGUCAGCGAAACCAGACGGAGAAACUACCGUCCCAAGGGUAUGACAGAGAGGCCAUGCUCGACUACUGCGAGCGGGAGACGAAAAGACUGAUCCGGAGAGAGCUCAGCGCAGAGGGAGAGGUGAAAGGGGAGGGCAGGAGGAGAGAUCGACUCCGCAGGAUGAGGAGCAGAGAGUUCUCCAGGUCACAGAGUGGCGACCCUCAAGACAAUGACAGCAGAAAUGCUGAAAAUGAACAGCCUUCUGAAAAAGAUGAUGAGGAGAGAGCAAGAAAAAAAGAGGAUGACUCUAAAGAUUUCCUUGAUAAAGAAGAAAAAGACAAAGAGAAGAUGAUGGUUGAAGAGAAGGAAGGAGGGAGGGCCAUUAGUAAGACAGAAAGUGGACAAGAACUAAAAGAGAGGGAACUUUCUAGAAAAGAAAGGGGAGGCAGCAAGACUUUGGAGCUUAUAUCUAAACUAAAAGAAAAGAAAGGGGAUAAGAAAGAAAGAGAGAGAGAGGAGGAGAAAAAAGCGAGUGAAAACACAAAAAUACAAGGGUUCAUUUCCAAACUGCAUGGAGAUAAAGAAGCUGAGGACCUCAAAAUAAAAGACAAUAAGGCAGAUAUCAAGAUAAAAGAUGAAAUCAGAACUAAAUCACUGGACAAACAGAAGAACAGCAGAGAAGGAGGAAGGGUCUACUUGAAAGAUGGAGAAACAGAGGGGAGGAGGAGCAAAAUUCAAAAUGAAGAGGAGAAAAGCAAAAUGAGGGAGAAAGAACAGGAGGAUGAGAAACAUCCCUCAGAGAGGGAAUUAACUGGCACUCAGAAAGAGAGUGAAACCGAGAAAAAGAAAGAAAAAGUGCUAGACCGAAUAAAAGAACAAGCUAAAUGUUCCAAAAACAAUGAGGUGCAGAUAUCUACCAAUUCCAAACAUAAUGUCUCUGGGAACUGUGAUGGUGGGGAUGAUCAUUUAGUUACUCAAGAUGAUGAGUCUUACAGUGUAGAUGAUGAUUUGGACAGUGACACUGGUUCUAGCAUGUUUGAUGACCUACUAGAGCAAGUUCGCAGUGAUGACCCUGAACUCACAGAGGUCAAUGUCAAUAAUUCAGAUGCCAUUAAGACAGACACUCUGAUACAGUUUGCAGAGGGUCUCCGUAGCAACACUCAUGUUAAAACCUUCUCCCUCGCUAACACAAGAGCGAACGAUCAUAUCGCGUUCGCCAUCGCUGGAACUCUACGCAAUAACACCACCCUGACUGCCAUCAACCUCGACUCCAACCAUUUAACGGGCAAUGGCAUCCUGGCCAUCAUCAACUCUCUGCAGCACAACAGUACACUUAUGGAGCUGAGAUUUCAUAACCAGAGACACAUCUGUGGAGGCAAGACAGAAAUGGAAAUGGCCAAAGUCUUGCGUGAGAACUCGUCUCUACUGAAGCUGGGAUAUCAUUUUGAACUGGCUGGGCCCAGGAUGACCAUGACGAACAUCUUGAGCCGAAACAUGGAUAGAAAGCGGCAACAACGACUAGAAGCACAAAACCUUGCCAGACAGGACUUUACCCACAAACCCCUAAGUGAAGAUAAGAAGAGCUCACCUGACACAAAUACUCCAAGAGUGACUACAUCAUCCAUUCACACUGGGAAGAAAGACUGUAAAUUUGCAGCUAUUUCCAAAUUUACCUUAGCUCAGGAAACACCCAAAUCCCUUCCUACCAAGACACCACCUAGAACCCUCCCCCCCAUGGUGACAGGAAAGAAAGAGGGGGCAACAGGAAGUAGGCAAGUUCCUCCUCCACCCCCUCCCAGCCCAGCUUUAGUUGUUCAGGCCCUGAGGAAAUCACUGACCCCUAUCUCUCAGAGGAGGCAAGACAGCAGUACAGCUGUCCGACAGACAGAGGGGAAUUCCAGAGAUCAGCUCCUAGCCUCAAUCAGAGACUGCAGCAUGAACACACUCAAAAAGGUUGAGAUCCCAAAGUGGUUGAGAUAGCAUCUGUUUGGUGUACAUGCUAAUCCCUUCAGAUUCCCCACAAUCCACAUUCACCCUAUCAUCAUAGGAACCACUGAAACAUGAAGAUCGCUCUCUAUCAAACACAGGCUCCUGAGAUUCCAUAGUUGCUCUUGUGAGCCUGAUGUCUCUACUAAACUUAUCUCUACUAAACAUCUAAACAUUUGAUGUGGGACACAGUGUACUUUACAGCUGAGUGUGAUUAUUCCAUGGACAGUUAACCAUCAGUCAACACACUGAAGCUGUGAUGGGCAUCUUUUGAACAUAAUGAACAUUACAUAAGAACACAGUUUCUCUCUCUCUCUCUCUCGCUCGCUCUGUCUCUCAUAGGGCAUCAUAAACACUUUUUUCUCAGUCAACUAGAGUGAAUAGUGUUCAUCAUACUGUACUGCUUACUGAAUGUAUUAUUGUGGAAUGCUGUAUAUAUACAUUUCCUGUCGCUUCCUGGAUGUGAAAAUGAAGGGAAUGAAAACCCAUCUAAAGGUUUUGUGUCUUUGUCCAGGUAAAUGCAUUUUUCUAAACAUGUUUUCCUGUUCAUUAGAUAAACAUUCAUCUUUUAUUGUCUAU